AUGCCUAAAGUAAAAGUGAAAAGUGGUCCGGCCGCGGACAGACUGAAGAAGAAGGAAAGACCUAUUCAUCCAUUUAGUAGAAAAGCUUUACAAUUAGGCAAGCAAAUGAUACACGGGAAGAGAUUAGAGGCAGCCAGAAAUACACAGGCAGUGCGAUCUGAGCUACUUGCAGAGAAGCUGCGCUGGUUUCAAAACCACCUUGACGAUCGUCAUCUUUAUACAAAACAAGAUGUCGUUGACCUUGUUAUGGAGUAUCGAAAUCGCUUUAAUGAAGAGCUUGAGCAGAUUGACAUUAUUCAGAGUGUAGGGAACAGGAAAGGACUAAACCAACAUGCUUCUCGUGAGUCUUCCAUAAAUAUCACAGUCGAAGAGGAAACAAAUCAGUUCAACAGCUCGGGGAUAGAAGUUCCAGAUCUUAUUAAUAAGAAACAUUUGGAAGACUUCAAGAAAUGGAAUGGCGAAAUCAAAUUCAUACAGAACCUGAAAUUAAAGAAAAUAUCUUUUAGAGAUUUAGAAAGACUAGAUGAGAAGAACAUAACAAAUGAGCAGAGUGGUGUAAGUGAGGCUACUAAAUGUGAUGCAGACAGUGAACUAGAAUAG